AUGCGGACCGCGGCGCUGAGGGCGGCCCCACUGCUCUGCCGCUCCCACCGCCUCCUUGCGGGGCGGCAAGUGGGUGGCGAGGGCAACGCGUUGGCCCCCGCGCCUCCGCCGCCGGACGCCGUCGAGUGGAGUUCGCCGUUUCUCUCGUCUCUGCUGGAGCCCCCGGCGACGGUGCCGCUCCCCGACGCCGCCCGCACGUACGCGACGAUGGACGUCGUGGAGCCGCCGGCGCGAUACGACCCGCAGUCGCCGAACGUCGACCCCGCGCCGCGGGAGGCGGAGGCGGAGGCGGAGACGGAUGGGCCCGUGGCGCGCGCGCACCGGGCGGGGCGGCUGUGGACGGCCUUUGCCGCCGCCAGCGGGAACGAGCCGCCGGCGUGGUUUUACGGCCUCUGCGAGGACUUGUACUACAGACGCCACUGCGAGGAUGAGAUGGACGCCACGGCCCUGGCCAGCGAUGUGGCUUCGCAGCACCACGCCGCCACUCCGGGGGCCUGGGGCGGGGAACCGACGGCAACGAGGGCAAGUAGUAGUAACAGCAACCACAACGACAAGGGUGAGGACGGCGGAGAGGAGGAGGGCGUGGACCCGUACCUCUGGCUACCGUUUGACCUACUGAACGAGGCGGACUACGGUGUUGGCCCCUACGUGUUUCCCAGCACCGCCACCUACACGCAUGAGCAGCGGACGCUGCUGUGCCUGGGAAACGCACGCAAAGAAUAUGUGCACUUCUGCAGCACGUAUGCCUUCCCUGAGCGUGUGCAGAUCCCAACCUCCGUGGGGACGCGUCCCGCCAAGCUGUACGUGGAUCCCUUGCAAGCGACGCCGGUAGUUUACAUUCAGUUGAGCGACGACUUUCCACCUGCAAUGUGGCUUCCUGUGAAGGGGACGGCCGCCGCCGUGCGCCGCGUCCUGGCGGAGUUUGCGUCCAUCUCCACCCUUCAUCGAGACUGGCACCACGAGGGCUUUGAGGAACGCUUUCGAACCGCCCAGCGCAUGUUGGAGCUUCAGCGUUUGCCUUCCACUGAAGGGGAUAUUCUUCGUUACAUGUCCUACGACGCGCGUAAUGAGCAGUUCGCCUUUGCCCCUAUUCGAGAGUUCCCUAACCAGCAGGAGUUUUUCCUCGGCGAACACGACGACCCCGAGCGGCUUAUGGAGCACCUCGACCUCUGCCCGUUUCUCUUUGCGAUUCCGCACCUGCGGACGGUGGUGGACCCCCAUGCCGAGCACAUGACCCCAACGAUUGAGGGCCCUGGGGUGGCGACCUCGCUCUACCGCUGCGUUUUCUCCAAGGCGCUCUUGUUUGUGCAGGUGCAGCUGUCUGCGGAGGUGAAGCUGCCUCCGCAGGACCCCGAGGCGUUUCAGUUCAUGUGGAAAGACUCUCAGGUGGUCCCCAAGAUGCACAUCCCCGUUUUCGUUCGUGUGGUGUGGCCCGACAACGAACGCAUGUGCGGCGGGGGUCAGUUGGUGCGCCGCUUCAACCGUCUCUUCCAGACGGAGUUCGCCGCCGACAUCCCCGUCGACGCGGUGAUGGCGCUCGUGUACGUCAUGCAGUGGGCGAAGCAGCUGCCCAACUUUCUGGGCGUGCGUGGGAUGCGGCGGCGCCUGUCGGAACUGGAGGCUGCGGCGCAGGUGCCUGAGCCGGCCAAGCUGUACCCGGCGACGCGGGAGAUUCCUAACCCGGAGUACACCGUCGCAGAGCGCCUUGGAAUGCAUGUGCAGUACCUGGCGCAGCUCGGCGAUCCGGACAUCGCCGCGACGAUUGAGCGACUUCUUCCGGAGGCUUCCGCGGCCGUUCGCAUGGGAUGUGCAAAGGCCGCCCUCAUCGCCGGCGAGCGAGAGCUGUUCCGCCACAUUGUGAGCAGUGAGCCACCUGGUCGCAUGCAACUUUACAUGACGAAACUCGUACGAAAACGCAAGUCGCGAGAUUUACUUGACGCUGAGCCGCGCCUGCUUGAGGAGCAGUAUGAGUUUGCGGCCCCGCUCUGGACGAAGCGUGGGACACGCAUUGACAAGAACACACUUGAGGGAGCCGUGGACAUGCAGGGGAGAAUCGGUGGAUGA